AUGGGUAUGUACAAGGAAGACGAGGUCAUUCCGGCAAUUGAUAUAUGUGUGUUGUGGAUCGCACAAGGCAUGAUCUUGCAGCCGCUAGAAAGUUACCAAAAUGAAAUGCCGUUGAUGGACAUAGCACAAUGCUACUUGACUGAGUUGGCAUCUAGGUCGGUUGUAGAAAUUACACGUGAUGAUCCUAUUCGUGGGAAGACGACUAGAAUGUGUAAACUCCAUGACGCCGUACGAGAGAUGUGUUUGUCACUCGCAAUAGAUGAAGAUUUUGGCUUGCGCAAUUUGGAUUAUGAGGGUGGACCAUUUAGUGGUUUCUUCCAUGACAGUUUGUCACAUCGCAAAACGCGCCAUUUGAUUGUUUAUCUGAAAAGCAAGUUAGAAGAAGAAAGCAGAGAGCCCGCAGUCACUUGUGACCAAGAUACCACCAAAAUUGUGCGAUCUCUACUUUUCAUCAAUGACAUGGAGGGAGUACCUCUAACUCGAUUUCCGCAUAGAAUUGUUCGUUUGAAGGAAUUCAAAGUGCUCAAAACGCUAUCUAUAUGCGGAUUUGUUUUUGAGGGUAGAACAUUGCUAAAAGAGAUAAGUAAACUAGUCCUUCUUCGGAUUUUACGCUUGUGUGAUUGCCUGUUUGAAGAGCUACCAUCGUCCCUGAAAAAUUUGGUGUACUUGCAUACACUGGAUCUAUGGAAUAGUGGGAACGUUCUAAUACCGAAUGGUGUUUUGGAUAGAAUGUUGCAGUUAAGGCAUUUGAUCCUUCCAGUAUACUAUUCUGAGAAUUUAGAGGAUUAUAGAAUGAGUUUGGAAGGUCUUGAGCAGCUGGAGACACUUGUAGGCUACAACAGUUGGGUGCACCAACUCGAAUCCCCAACCCAAAUGACCAACCUCCGACAUUUUGAAGGCAUAGUCCACGAUAACCAUAGCUUGUCGGAUAUCAUUAACGCCUUUUGUACAAGCUGGAAUCAUUGUAAAUGUGGUGGACUUAGAAUCAAACAAGGCUGCCAUAUUUCAUUGGAGGAAGAUUUGAUGAUUUUCAAGAAAGUGUUCAAACUUCACAAUUUGUAUAUCUCUGUUCCGAUAGAAAACCUGUUCAAGGAGUUGGAAAGUGAGGCAUAUACCUCAAAUCUUCUUUGCUUAAUCUUGUCCGAGAGUAAUAUUAAGGAGGAUCCAAUGGAGACACUGGGAAAACUUCCCCAUUUAGUAGAUCUGUCGAUGACUGAGGCGUGCUUUUUGGGGAAGAAAUAA